UGCCAACAGCCGAGCUGCCAAUGCACAUCCAAAACAAGGCAGAGGAAUUAGAUACGAUCUUGGUAUCCUUGGCGUCACCGUCGACGUACCCGUAUCUACCACAAAACCGCAUGCUCUACUCCUGGAAUGUGAGCCAAAUCGCAAACAUUCCAGUGCAACGGCGACUAGCCCUUACAAGGACGACCUCUGACGAAUAUGGCGCCCGGUGAAUCCUCCAGACCGUCGUCGCAUCGGCCACGAGACUCAUCGGGUAGGAAACACCACAAAAAACGACGAUCCAAUGCGCAGGGAUCCCGACGACCAGCCACGGAGUCGGGCGAGAGCAGAGACGAGAGAAGGUCGCAGACGCUGUCCGCCGACGCUCUGGCGGCGCUGAACCACGAAAAUACAAAGAGGAGAAAGCGAAGGGAGUCGCGGGACCCAGAGCGAGACGCAGAGAGGGCUGCCGAACGAGCGGAGAGGAGAAGGGCGCGACGCGAACAACAGUACAGAGAUGCCCCGAGGGAACGUCCGAGGAGGGUGGAACGGGAUGAGGACAGGGAAGUCGUCUACGAAAAGCCGAAGAGGGAUCACAAGAGCAGGAAGAGGCGAGUGGUGAGCGGCGCGGUGAUGGAGGAGGGACGCUCGCGCGGCCACCUGCGAGGCGGCGGCUGGAGCAGUUCCAACAAUAGCCUCGAGAAGGAGUACCUGAUGGACGACCCCCCACAGCCCGUGAAGAAACGGAAGAAACUCUGGAUCUGCCUCGGCAUAUCGCUGGUUCUUCUCAUCAUCAUUAUUGUAGUAGCGGUAGUGGUCAGCAAGAACAACUCAAACAAGAGCAGCCCGUCAAAGACCACGCUCGAUGACGGCGACAAAGACAGCGUGCCGAUGAAGUGGCGCGGCACAUAUCUCGACCCGUGGUCCUGGCAGGACACGACAGAUUUCAACGUCACCUUUACCGAGGAAAUGGUCGGCGACCUGCCCGUUAUGGGCCUGUACACCGAUUGGGACGAUUCGAAGCGGGCCAACGACAAGGUACCCGCCCUCAAAGACUCCUGGGGAUCAUAUGGGUCACGACCUGCCCGUGGGGUGAACGUCGGCGGGUGGCUCAACCUCGAGCCCUUCAUCACGCCCUCUCUUUUCGACUACGACUCGCGGCUGGGCAUCAUCGACGAGUAUACGCUCUGCAACCACCUCGGCACUCGGAAGACGGCCGAGGUGCUCGAGAAGCACUACGCGACGUUCGUGACGGAAUCGACGUUUAAGGAAAUCGCCGACGCCGGCCUCGACCACGUCCGUAUUCCCUUCAACUACUGGGCCAUCGAGGUCUACGAUGGCGACCCGUACCUCUUCCGCACCUCCUGGCGCUACCUCCUCCGCGGGAUCGAGUGGGCUCGCAAGUAUGGCCUCAGGGUCAACCUGGACGUCCACGGCCUCCCGGGCAGCCAGAACGGAUGGAACCACUCAGGCCGCCAGGGGUCGAUCGGGUGGCUCAACGGCACCGACGGCGCUACGAAUGCGCAGCGCAGCCUCGACAUGCACGACCGGCUGUCCAAGUUCUUCGCGCAGGACCGGUACAAGAACAUCAUUGCCUUCUAUGGGCUGGCCAACGAGCCGCGUAACGUGGACCUGAACAAUGCGGACGUGGUGGCGUGGACGGAGAAGGCGUACAAGCUGGUCAAGAACAACGGCAUCGGCGGCAUCGUUGUGUUCGGCGACGGGUUCAUGGGCCUGCACAACUGGCAGGGCAAGCUGACGGGGUACAGCGACCUGGCGCUCGACGUGCACCAGUACGUCAUCUUCAACACGGACCAGAUCGUGUACACGCAUAAGAAGAAGGUCGAGUACGCGUGCAGCGGGUGGACGGAGCAGACGGAGCAGUCGAUGGACACGUCGACGGGGUACGGGCCGACGCUCUUCGCCGAGUGGUCGCAGGCCGAUACGGACUGCGCCAAGCACCUCACCAACGUCGGCUGGGGCAACCGGUGGACGGGCACAUACAACACGGGCAACGCGACGACGUCGAUCCUGGAGCCGCGGUGCCCCACCGAGGACAGCAAAUGCGACUGCGACGCGGCCAACGGCGACGCCAAGGGGUUUAGCAGCGACUACAAGAAGUUCCUGCAGAUGUUCGCCGAGGCGCAGAUGCACUCGUUCGAGAAGGGGUGGGGGUGGUGGUACUGGACGUGGGAUACGGAGAGCGCGCCGUUGUGGAGCUACAAGAAGGGCCUCGAGGCCGGCAUCCUGCCGGCUAAAGCGUACGACCGGGAUUUCGACUGCUCCGGGACCGUGCCGGAUUUCAGCAGCUUGCCCGAGUUUUAUCGGGCUUGAGAGCGGGGAGUUUCGGAGGUCCGAAGGUCCGGCCGACGACGACUGGUGGAUGACCGGCGAACGACAUGAAGACGACAUGCGAGCUUAAUUCCUUCUUUUUCAGCAUGCGGUCCGGCGUUUUUGUUUCUUUUUCUUCCCGGGGCUCAGCAACUGUUUUUUUCUCUCUUUUCCUUGCUCCGGUUCAACGAACCAUAGAUAUAGAAGACUGACGGGCGACGGUUUAUCUUGUACGAAGGAAACAUGGAAAGUCACGUAUGACGGCAAUGCGCUGAAGGAUAUCCACAUGGUUGGACUACGGGUAGGGUAGAUAGAUAGAUAGUCCAACGAUGAGAAUGUUACAUAUACCAGAAUUUCCCAGCCGACCUGUCUGAGAAAUCCCAACUGAACGGACAUCAAAGACCGUACCGGGGUUUCUUGGAAUGGAUCCAAGAUCAUCGACCAAAGUCACCGAGCCAACGCGUGUCUUGGGUCUUUUGAUGCUAGGGAAGUAUCUACGAACGCGAACCCGCGAGUCUGGGCACCAGCCGCACGUGGCGCGGCGACUAGCAACGGCCCCGAAUGGCGAAUGGGUGCCGGGACGCCGAGACGUCGGGAUGUAGGGACUCGGAAGCUGCUUAGGAAGAAGAAAACAACACAGAGAAAGAAAAAAAAAGAGACAGAGAAGCACAGGCAGACUGUGACGGCGGCGCGGGAACGAUAGCCGACCGAGCCCUCGCGGUUUCGGCACUUUGGACAAGAAGCGAAGUGACAAUUCGGAUUCCCAGAGUCCCGAGAGAGGGUUCGGGUGCGGGGAUGAGGCCCCUUUCCUUUUUGGACUCUCCUGCCGGUGGGUCGCGUGCUGUGUACCGCAACAAGCUGGUUCUUAUGAUUGUUAAACGAAGAAUUCUGA